AGAGCGGAGGGAGGGCGUCAGGUGUCACUACGUCACUCAGGUAAGGGUGCAAGGUGUGGUGAAAGGUGCGUUCACUGGCUGGUUUGAAUUGAAAGCACAAAGCUCGUAGAUCCGGAAAAUCUGCUCGUAACACACCCGCCUGUUAAAAACAACACAUUGUGAAGUAGGACACAGAGGACUGGGAGAGUUACAUUCACACUUUACACUAAAAGCUGCUUAAAAAAAUGAGCAAAAUCGCGAAAUUAUUCAAGGGGAGCUCCAGCUCCAGCUCGAGCUCAUCGAGCUCCUCGAAGUCCAAACACCACCGGUCGCGAGGAGGACCUUCACCACAAGAGGCCAUUCACAAACUCAGGGAAACCGAGGAAAUGCUGACCAAGAAACAAGACUACCUGGAGAAGAGGAUAGAGCAAGAACUAAUGAUCGCCAAGAAGAAUGGCACAAAAAACAAGCGAGCUGCCCUGCAGGCCCUGAAGAGAAAGAAGCGUUUGGAGCAGCAGCUCACGCAGAUCGAUGGCACGCUCUCCACCAUCGAGUUUCAGAGGGAGGCUUUGGAGAACUCGCACACCAACACCGAGGUCCUGAAGAACAUGGGCUUUGCUGCCAAGGCCAUGAAGCAGGUCCACGAGAACAUGGACAUUGACAAGAUAGAUGAUCUGAUGCAGGACAUCAAUGAGCAGCAGGACGUGGCCCGAGAGAUCAGCGAUGCAAUCUCCGGACCUUUCGGAGAGACAUAUGACGAGGAUGAGCUGCUGGCAGAGCUGGCAGAGCUUGAAGAGGAGGAGCUUCAGGACACCAUGAAGAGUAUGGGCGGACUACCCAGCGUGCCCAGCUCCAAACUGCCUUCAGCUAAGUCCAGUCACCGCGCAACAACCAAGAAAAGGGUUGAAGAUGAUGACGACAUGCGUAUGCUGGCAUCGUGGGCAACUUAAGUACGUUAAAGCAGCCUGAAUGUAAUCCGCCAGAUCGCUCUCUUUUUUAAGCUUUAUGAUUUUUGAAGGUUUUUAGGGAAAAUGAAGAGCAUUAUACUAUAUUUAAAAUAAGCUUUUUGCAUUGGCUAGUCAUGUCACUUUACAUGCUAUAUUUAUCAAUAAAUAUUUUUUUUGUAGUGUAUAAAUCAACAAACUGUAUUUUCCUGUCUUUACAUUGAUCAUUCUUACUUUGCCUGUACAUAAUUCACCACUUUUGAAGGCCUAAUGAAGAAAUAAUGUGGAUAUGAAUGAAUGUUUUUAACUCAUAGAAGAGAAUGCCUAACAGUAUCAGCUGUAAAUAAAGUCUGAUUUUGCAUUAAUGCUGUAAAUAUAUUACUUUCUCGCUUGCUUCCAUGAACUUUCAAUAAUAAAUCAG